CGGUAUGGGUAGAACACUUCCUGAUGUCGAUGCCCAGCUGUGUUGGCAAAUGACCCGCAUCUCCAGCAUCCGAUAACAUCGUCUCUUCACACAGGACUGCCCUCACCGUUUCUCAUCAUACCUGCUCAAACGACGGCCGUGUGCUGAGCGGAAUAACUCAAAUAGGCUUAGAUUGCCCAGUGGAUGCGAGUGAAUCCUUUCAAAUUGGAUUUUGUGUGUCCUUAAGGUCGUGCUGCAGUACAGCGACAUAAGCUUCGCGUUGACCGGCGCGUGCAUCUCAACAGCGGGGACGAGGACAGUGGCAUAUUUUCAUUGACAGAAUUACUAAAGAACCGCCACUUGGGAUGGCCUUCACCAGCCCUACCAUGCAGAUAUUAGCCAUGUGAAAGAUCUGGAAAAACAAAAUGGGGAUGGCUGAGAGGUCGUGUGUGGCGGUGAGCAGCUGAGGUCGGCUGUGAUCUGAGUCUUCUCUUCUGACUGAGAGCAUGUACAGAAGGAAUGGACUCCCUGCCAGCAUCAGCAUCACCUCCCGCCACACACAGGACAGCAGUAGUUCAGAGUCCCUGGAUGGACGGAGUUUGGACUCUGCCAAGAGCUUUGACGCGGUGGUGUUUGACAUGCUCAAAGUGACACCCGAGGAGUUUGCUAGUCAGAUCACUUUGAUGGACGCUCCUGUAUUCAAAGCGAUACAGCCUGAGGAGCUGGCGAGCUGUGGAUGGAACAAGAAGGAGAAGCAUAGCCUUUCACCCAACGUUGUGGCCUUCACACGGAGAUUUAACCAGGUCAGUUUCUGGGCAGUGAGGGAGAUAUUGACGGCUCAAACAUUGAAAAUCCGAGCAGAAAUAUUGGGCCACUUCAUCAAAAUUGCCAAGAAACUCCUGGAGCUGAAUAACCUGCACUCUCUGGUGUCAGUGGUCUCUGCUCUUCAAAGCGCACCUAUCUUCAGAUUGAGCAAGACCUGGGCGUUGAUCAGUCGAAAGGACAAGGCCACCUUUGAGAAACUUGACUUCCUGACGUCAAAAGAAGAGAAUUACAACCGCAUGAGAGAGUACAUCAAGUCCCUCAAAAUGGCCCCCUGCAUCCCCUACCUAGGAAUUUACCUGUUUGAUAUGACCUACAUUGACUCCGCCUACCCUGCUUCUGACAGCAUCAUCGAGACUGAGCAAAGAACCAAUCAGAUGAACAAUCUACUGCGCAUCAUCUCCGAUCUACAGGUGUCCUGUAACUACGAUCAUUUAGUCAUGUUACCACACGUGCAGAAGUAUUUGAUGUCAGUGCGCUACAUCGAGGAGCUCCAAAAGUUUGUGGAGGAUGACAAUUACACACUAUCAUUGAAGAUUGAGCCUGGGAACAGCUCACCUCGUCUGGUAUCCUCCAAAGAAGACAUUGGAGGACCCUCAGAAGAGUCUGUCUCAGUGCGGUAUAACCGACGACCAACCUGUCCUGAUACAUCAGUGGUUGCCCACCUUCCAACACCACCUCCUGCCCGACACAGGAAGAGCCACAGUCUGGGGAACAAUAUGAUGUGCCAGUUUGGUGUGGUGGAGAGUAAAAGUGCGACAUUCCCUGCAAAAGAAAAGGCUCGACACCUACUGGACGACAGCUUCUUAGAGUCUCACAGUCCUGUCAGAAACCACACACACGAUUCAGUAUUUACCAACGGCAUCUCACUUGGCAGUAGAGAGAGCUCUUUUAGUGAUGAAUUAUCAAGUACAGUUGAGAGAGGACGUAUGUACGCGACACUUGGUCCAAAUUGGCGAGUCCCAAUCUGUAACUCUCCCAGAAGUAGAAGUUAUAUUUAUAGUACCCCAGGGGCAGUUUCCAGCUAUGAAUGCAGUUCUCUGAGCAGUAUAACCAUUGAAGGGCCCCUGCGAAGAAAGACACUGAUGAAGGAGGGUAAAAAACCCACUCUCUCAUCCUGGAAGCGCUACUGGAUUGUCCUAUCUGGCUCCAUUCUCAUCUAUUUUGGUUCUAAAGCUCUAAGAGCAAAUGAGCGAAGACAUUAUAAAUCCAGGCCAUGUAAAAAGAUCACACUCACAGGUUGGAUGGUGGUUCUGCCAGAAAACCCUGAACAUCCAAAUAUUUUCCAGCUUACUGAUCCUGAAAGAGGUAAUGUUUACAAGUUCCAGACUGGAUCACGUUUCUCUGCGAUUAUCUGGCACAGACAUUUAGCCGAGGCGUGCAGGAGUACAAGACCACAGAUACCAGCAAACCUCAUGUCCUUUGAAUAGCUGCUUUUUGGGAAGUGGAAUACAGAUGAAGAGAAUAAACCUCAUGGAGAAAGACAUUGCAGAAGAGUUUAUGCGAGGGGGCAGCAUGCUGGACCUAACAUAGUUGGAAAUGUGGCAGCUGUAUCUGUUGAAAAAGUCCAAAAGUGUUUCAGACAUUGUUGACACAGCUGUACUGAGAGAGGAUGGCCUUGUGUCUUCAGUUUAGUGGUAACACUUUACAAUAAGGUUCAAUUUGUUAGCAUGAUAUAAAGGAAUAGCUCACUCAAAC